AUGCCAAAGGCGAAUCUCUGGGGUGAUAUUCUGAUGGAGCAAGAACUCACUGCCCAGCUUGAGGAUGCACUGGGCGCGAUGGAGACUCAAGGAGGCACUUUUUGCAACGCUAAGAACUUCCGAAACAAACGAAUCCGACCGCACCAAAUGAAUCAGUGCCGCAAAGGAAAAGAACAACCCGGAAAUCGCCACAAUCAAAAGCCCCAGAUCGUCAAGAAGCUGCACACUGGCUUUCCGAGAGUCGAAAUGGGAGUUCCAAGAAUUCUCAAAUCCAAAAGCCCUUUGAGCGAAGAAAUGACUUCUGAGGAGUUGACGCAAGAGAUUCGCUUCAGAUUAUGGGAGCACAAACUCAUCCAGCUACGAGCUCUUAUCAACAUCUGCGGCAACAAAAUUGCCAUUGAAUUAAUGGAAAAAGUUAUCGAAGCUGAAAAAGAGGGUGGAGUCAUGUGCGAGAGACGAAAGCAGCGACGACUUCCAGGAGGAGUCUUUAUCCAUUUUCUCCGCGAAAGAACUGAUGUCGACCAGGAAGAAGUGAAGAAAGUCCUCGACGCACACAGAACUUGGGGCCAGAAAAAGUCUAAGAACAACAACCCUGUCAAGCAUUCAAAAACGCCCGAAUCAUCAAUGGAAGCAGAAACGACGCCUCAAAAGGCCGAGGAUCCGCAAGUUGCCGCUGAUGAAAACCAGGAGCCUGGAGAGAUUGUUUAG